AUGCAACAAAUAUCACAACCGCAUACCAAAUGGAUAGAAAUCAGUGCCAGGAAUACGGAAAGUAGUAGAUAAGAGUAAUAAAUAAUAAAAACAGAAAAAGUUGAAGUAUAUAUAACAUUUUGAAACCUUUUUUAAUGUUGACGCUUGUAUGUGAAUGAUUCAUACAUCAGGAAGAAACAAUGGCUGAAGAUUUUUCCUGGUUCUUUCUUCCAGUUGACAAUGCUGUAAGAAAACGUUUAAUCGAGUUUGUCAAAUGGAGAUGGUUCGAACGUAUUGUGAUUUUUGUUAUCAUCUCCAAUUGCAUCAUGUUGGCGUUGUACAAUCCACUUGAUCGCCAUUGUCAGACGCAGCUAUGCCAAGUAUUGGAAAAAUUAGAAUAUUUCGUAUUUGCCUUCUUUGUAGUAGAAAUGUUAGUUAAAAUGACAGCUUUGGGAAUUUGCGGAAGAAGAGGAUAUUUAAGAGAUAAAUGGAACAUCCUUGAUUUUCUAAUUGUCAUCACUGGAAUUGUUGACAUGAGUGUAAGCCAUCGUGGAAGCUUUCUCACGAUAGUUCGCUUAGGAAGAGUUCUUCGACCACUUAGAGCCAUCAAUCGUGUUCCAAGUAUCCGUAUUCUGGUAACCCUUCUUAUGGACACUGUUCCAAUGCUAGCGAACGUUUUGAUACUUGCUUUUCUUGUCUUUUCGUGUUUUGGUAUCAUGGGUGUUCAAAUGUUUCAAGGAAAACUAAGAAAUAGGUGCUUCAUGUCAGAAGAAGAUUUUAACAAGACGAACAACAGUGUUGCGUAUCCAGCCUAUUUCCUACCUGCGGCAUCAAUCGAUUUCAUUUGCCAUCUUGAACAAGAUCAUGGAACAAGAUCUUGCAAUGAUGUUCCCAGUAAAUAUGACUACAAUCUUUGUCAGGCACAUUACAAAACGCACAGUAUCUAUAAUAAUGCUACAAAUACGACAUGUUUGGAUGCACACCGGUACUACAGGACUUGCAAACAAGAAGGACCUAAUCCCUAUUAUGGUAGCAUAUCAUUUGACAAUAUCGCAAUGGCCUUUGUGUUUAUUUAUCAAGUUGUCACGUUGGAAGGUUGGAGCGAUUUGAUGUACUUGAUUCAAGAUGCGUAUAGUUUUUGGACAUGGAUAUAUUUUGUCACCCUUAUAAUUAUUGGAUCUUUCUUUUUGGUGAAUUUGGCACUUGUUGUUAUUACUAUGCAGUUCUCAGAAACAAAGCGAAGAGAAACUCGUUUGAUGAAACAACAACGUAUGAUGACCAGCUCACAACUAUCUUUGUAUUCUGAUCUGCGAAACGUGUGGCAGUGGUUAAGACAAUGUCGUUGUUUCACCAACAGCUUUCGAAGCGUGCAUUAUAUCCAUCAACAUGUCCAUCUUCACCAAAGACCAUCCUAUUGUGAUCAGUGCAAAUCACAUCUAAACUCUGAUGAAGAUUCUACGCCUGCGUUAAAGCCUCCAAAUAUUCAAAUCUCGUUUAUCAGCGACGAUGGCGCUUCUUCACCAAAAUCAGAAAAACCUCAACGUGGUAGAAGUAUGUCUUGUCCUGAUUCUUUUCCAACUUUAGUCAGCUUUCCUUUAAGUGUUCACAAUAAAAACAAUCAGGGCGGCGAUGUUGUCUCAAUUCAAAAUGGUAUGAUUGAUGUUCCAUCUGAGAAUAACAACUUUAUGUACCCAAAGAACAAAGAAAAUACACCUGGAAAGAAUUACCUUACUCCAAACCAUAAAGUUAGAUCAACAAGCAUGACGUCCAAUACCAUUUCAGUUCAUGCAGAAUCUGUGUCUGAAGUGAAAGUAAACAGAUCUAGUUGUAAUUCGAUCAUCUCACAGACGUCGUUGUCCUUAAAAAUUAAUUCGUCAAAUGGUAGUUUCCUACACACCAACUCAUACUUAGGUACUGAUUUCACAUCUAAAUCACAACAUGCAAGCACUUCAACUCUCAAAUCUUGCACGAGAAAACUGUCCAGAAUGAGCAAUGCUGACACUGAUUUUGAAAGCAGCAGUGAAUUUUGCUAUGGCUCCAUGUUUGACUUGCAAAACUGUGAUAAAUACUAUGUCUCAGUUGAACAAACAAACUUGCAAAAAUUUCGCUCCUUCUGCAAAAGAAUAUCUGAAAGUUCAAAGGCUUCUCUCUUUAUAAUGUUGGUGAUUAUUCUGAACACAUUGUGCAUGGCUGUUGAGCAUCAUAACCAGCCAACAAAAAUGACAAAGACAUUAGAAGUGUUGAAUGUUGUUUUUAUUUGGAUAUUUACAAUGGAAAUGGUUUUGAAAAUAAUAGGUGUCGGACUGAGAGCUUAUUUCAAGUUAGCUUUCAAUUGUUUUGACUGUCUCAUCGUUGUUCUAAGUAUUGUUGAAUUGGUGAUUGAAUCUGGCAGUACCGGUAACUUCACAGUAUUUCGUUCAUUACGCCUGUUGCGAAUAUUUCGACUCAUCCAUCCAAUCAGACAUCAAAUCGCAGUAAUAUUGCGUACCACUUCAUCUGUGAUGACAUUUUUCGCUUUGUUGUUCCUCUUCAUGUUUACAUUCGCCAUUUUGGGAAUGAAUAUAUUUGGCGGGAAAUUCGCGUUUCAAAAUAGAGUCGGUAACAUGGUAACAUCAAGAUCAAAUUUUGAUACGUUUCUAUGGGCGAUGGUGACGGUAUUUCAGAUUUUAACACAAGAAGACUGGAACUUAGUUAUGUAUGAUGGCAUUCGUGCAACCAGUACAUGGGCCACCCUAUAUUUCAUUUCACUGAUGACAAUUGGAUACUACGUGUUAUUGAAUUUACUUGUUGCUAUUCUAGUGGAAGGUUUCACAACACCUUUGGAAAAAAGACGAAUGGCGCGCCACCUUGAAACGUUAGUGAGACAGAAGAGUAAAAAAGCAAUGAAGCGAACUGCAAGUAUGCCUGAUAUUAGCACACCUAAUAAAACAGGCAUUGGUGCUAUCCAGCUAGCAAGCAGCUGCAGAUUUGAAAAUCGAAGACGCACUUUGGGCGUGGUUAACAUUGGUCACCUUAAAAAUUUAUUUGCAACCACAAAGGGUAACACCGGAAGUAACUUAGAUGAAGAUGAUGGUAUCUUACAUGUUGACUGUGCUCGAGAAAAACCGAAGAAAAACGACCCGGUGUUGCUAUCAGUUCGGUCAACAAAACAUUAUGAGGAUGAGGAAGAAACGGUUGAAUGGAGAACAGACUGGGAUGACUCAACAUUAUCCCUUGAUGAGCAGUUUCUAGUAAAGGAUACGAAAACCUGUCAUCCACCUCAAUGCAUGACCCAUAGAAAGACAUGGUCCUUGUAUAUUUUUUCAGAGGAAAACAGAUUUCGAUGCGCUGUAGCCAAGAUCGCAGAAUCAAAAUACUUUGAUUGGUUUAUUCUUCUGCUAAUUAUAUACAGUUGUGUAAUGCUAGCUUUAGAACAUCCCACAUUAGAUCCAAAUGGACAGCUUCGGUAUGUGAUUGACACCUCGCAGUUUAUUUUGACGUGGAUAUUCUUUUGUGAGAUGAUGAUGAAGGUCAUUGCAAUUGGUUUUGCAGUUGGCAAAGAUUCUUACGUGCGCAAUGGUUGGAACGUGUUAGAUGGAAUCCUUGUUUUUGCUUCUGUUACUGAAUUAAUAGUAACGUUGUGCUUCAACAGCUCCCACACGUUAGAAAUCAUUAAAGGAAUACGCGUAUUGAGAGCGACUCGUGCAUUAAGACCUUUAAGAAUGAUUCGUAAAGCACCCGGAUUGAAAUUGGUUGUUCAAACGUUAUUGUAUUCGUUGAAGCCGAUAGGAAACACAAUUCUUAUUGCAGGAAUAUUUUUCCUCGUGUUUGGUAUAUUAGGAGUUCAGCUUCUUAAAGGAAAGUUCUAUUACUGUUUUGGUAUUGACUCAGAGAAAGUGACCAACAAAACAGAAUGUACGCAGAAUCCUAAAGGCUAUUGGGUUAACCAUCAGUACAACUUCGAUAAUCUUUUUGAGGCAUUGAUGGCGUUAUUCGUCGUCAGCACCAAGGAUGGUUGGGUGGAUAUUAUGAGAAGAGGAAUUGAUGCAAAAGGCGUUAAUUUGGAGCCGCAAGUCAAUUAUUCUCCAUGGCGAUUGAUCUAUUUUAUCUCCUUCUUGUUGAUUGGUGGAUUCUUAGUCUUAAAUAUGAUUGUUGGUGUAGUUGUAGAAAAUUUUCAAAGAUGUCAAGAGUUACAAAGCAAUAAGGAGAAAACGAAAACAAUAAUUGACAAAUGGAAAGCAAGGCUUAUUCAAAAUAGUAACACUUAUUGGCACAACUAUACUCCUGCACGAAAAUGGAUUUAUAAGUUAUGUACACAUACGUUCUGGGAUGUAGGCAUCGCUAUCAUCAUAUUCACUAACGUGUUUUUCAUGUCCUUAGAACAUUAUCGAAUGUCGAAGACCUUUCACGACAUACUGGAGAUGAGUAACUUAAUCUUUACAGCCAUUUACGUUCUUGAGGCUGCUUUUUUAAUCACUGCUUUUGGACCAAAAAGAUAUUUUAAAGAAAAAUGGUAUUGUUUUGACAUGCUAAUCGUAGUGGUAUCAAUUGUGGGCAUAGUAUUAGAGAACUUGGACAUGGAAAUGCUACAUGUCAACCCUGCCGCAGUAAAAGCAAUGCGGAUGCUCCGUGUUGUGAGAGCUUUGAAGUUGUUAAGGGUUGCUAAAGGACUUCGUUUUCUUUUGGAUCAUGUAGCUGAUACUAUUCCACAGGUCACAAAUUUAGGCUUGUUGUUUUCUUUACUCUUCUUUGUCUACAGUUGUCUUGGCAUUCAAUUAUUUGGUACUCUUGAAUGUAACAAUCGAUAUCCAUGCUCAGGUAUGGGAAGACACGCGAAUUUCAAAAGCUUAGGAAGCAGCAUGUUAACAUUAUUUCGCAUUGCAACAGGUGAUAACUGGAGUGGUAUUCUUAAGGAUACACUGCGUUCGAGCUGUGACGAUUCAAUCGAAUGCAAGCAAAAUUGCUGCACAUCUAGAUACAUAUCGCCUCUUUUCUUUGUCAGCUUUGUUUUAUUUGCACAGUUUGUGUUAGUAAAUAUCGUCAUAGCCGUCCUGAUGAAGCACUUGCAAGUACCACAAGACAAACUCAUGAAAAAAAAAGUUGGUAAGGAGAGUCCGAAAAGGAAAGAACAUUCCACAAAAAGUGAGAAGAAAAAUGUAUUUUCCAAGUGGCACAAUGUGGUUAAACAGAAAACACCCUGUCCAAGUGACACUGUUAUUACCAUGGAGAAAAAGGAGCACCCUAAAAAACGUUUGACGAAUACAAUAAAUAAUAGAAUUAAAAACAAUACACGUAAAUACUCUUGCCCUGACAGAAUAAAGUUAAACUCAACUUCAAAUCGCCAUCUAAAACCUAAUGCGUAUUUAAUACCGAAAAGCGCUAGCCCGUAUUCAAAUAAAAGAGUAUCAAGUACUUUAACACCAAGAAAGGAAUUUAACGUAAUUGAAAAUAGGCAUUUCAACGUGCAAACAAUUAACAGAUUAAAUGAAACAACUCAGCCUUUACUAAAAUGGCAAACCGACCUACUGAAAUCACAAAUGGUUUUUGAACGCAUUGACGGAAGUGAUAAUGAAGUAAUCAAUGAUACUGUUCAAAGCACGUCAGUGGGCGAGAAAAGUACGGACGAAAGUAACCUUUUAGGGGAAGACGAAGCAACACUACAAAGCGGGGACUCUUCAUUUAUUAUAGUGGCGGAGGAAACGCAGAAAUCGAAAACUUCUGAUGUAAAUAACUCUGUCAAAGACAAACAAAACAAGAAGCUCGCUGAAAAUAAAACACAGCUUGCGAUACAAAAUGUUAGUAACUUGAAACUACAUCCUUCAAUCGAAAACUUUGCAAUAGAAAAUUGCCAAAGUGAGAACUCUUCGCUCUCCAGCUUUAUUAUCAUUGCAAUGGACGACGAAGCAGAAGGAAAAGGUGAGAGCAAAAUUUAAAAAAGAAAUUUAACAGAAAUUAGUUAUUUUAUGCUAAUAAUUUUUUCUGGUGACAAUACUGAUAUAAAAUGUCAUCAAUUUUUAAAACCACAAAUUUGACUAAAGAAGCUUUCAUCACCAUGCGUGCAAGGAA